CCCAUAUUUUUUUUUACAGUAUACAGAAACGUGAUAGGUGACUAAAUCAUUGUAAUAAACCUAUAUUCCAUAUUUAUACUCUUUUUGGUUCUACAUUUUUCAUUACCGUAAUCAACAUGGAGUCUUUCUCACAUUUAGUUAAAGUAUCAGUUCCAGAUUAUUUAGCGGGAUUACCAAUUCCAAAUUCAAUAGGAGGAUGGUUUAGACUUGGAGUGAAGGAUUGGCUGAGUUUAAUUCCACCGACUGCUAUGUUGGCCGGGAUAGGCUAUAUGUCUUAUAAAGCAUUUUGUCCUCUAGCUAGGCCUCCAACAUGCGGAAUGAUAAAUCCAAAAAUUCAAAAGGAUUCAAAUAAAGUUGUGGAUUGUGUUGAUAUUGAAAAUAUAGCUGAGAAAGCAGCAUUUUGUCGAUGUUGGAGAAGUGAUAAUUGGCCAUAUUGUGAUGGUUCUCAUGGAAAACACAACAAGGAUAAUGCUGAUAACGUUGGACCCAUUGUUAUUGAAAGAAAGAAAUAAAUGUCAAUAACUUCAACAUUCGCCAUGGGAUCCAGUUUACAAUGUUUCGCUUCCUGCAAAGAAAAAAAAAAUCAAUAAAUAAAAUGGAUCAAGAUUUGUACAAAAAAAUGUUUAAUUAGUGAGAAAUGGAAUAUCACAAUAAUUACUUAAAAAGUAUUUGUAUGGAACUGCAUUUUGUUAUAGUUGAAUUUUUAGAUUAAAAUUUUAAUAAAUUAAAAUAAUAAACUUA